UUCACAUUCAGAUAAUAAUAGAAAGUGCCAUACAUAUGCAAAAUUAGUGCAAUGUUGCUACCAAGAUAAUUAAAUAAUCAUUUUUUUAAUACUGAACACCAUGGCAACCAAAAAUUACAAACAAAUGCCUGACAAAAAGGAUUUACAAAUGUUUAGCUGUUUUUAUAAUUUUCUUAAAUAUAAGUUGUUUUAUAAAUAAGUUUAUUGUUAAUAAUAUUUUUGGGUUGCCUAUUUCUACCUAAAAUUAAAUUAUUGUAUGUGACAAAUGUCUGAUACUGAAGAAGAAGAAGAAAGCUUAAGAAAAUUUGUAAAAAUUACUCUUGUUGGAGAACCUGCAUCUGGAAAGAGCUGCUUAUGCAGCCGGUACCGCGGCGACGGCGGUGUGGUGGGCGGCGCGGGGGCGGUUGGCACGCAGGGCGCGGAGGUGAGCGCGGCGCAGUGGGGGGGCGCGGCGCUACGGCUGUGCGACGUGGCGGGCGCCGCGCUUCACAGUGACAUGCUGAGGAACUACUUGUACGAUUCGGAUAUUGUAAUAUUUGUGUACGACUUGACAAAUUUGCAAAGUUUUGAAAAGUUGACCGACUGGAUAAAGGCAGUUAAAGAUAUUUUCGACGUUGAAUCGAAAAAACCCUUGAUGGCUUUGUUCGGCAACAAGUCUGACUUGGAACAUCAACGAGCUGUUAGAUUGUCAUGCGUGCAAAAGUUUGCGUCGGAACAUUUAUUAGAAAACUUUAAAGGAUCUGCGAGAUCUGGGGAAAUGGUUAACACCGCCUUCACAAAUUUAAUUGCAAGAGUUUUAGGGAAAAAAGCUCCUUUAGAAGGUGCUCCUUACAAAAAAAAUCAAGACAAUCAAGUUACCGAUCAAAUAAGCACACCUCCACUGAUGCAAGACCCUGCAAACUCACUCAUAAUGAGCAGGAAGAUGUUGAGGAAAGUUCAGAGGAAGGCUUCAUCAUCUGUCUGCCGUAUUCAAUAAUAAACAUUCUUACAACAAUAAAUGAUGUUUCCUUACGUUAUAUAAUUUAUGUUUAUUUAUAUUUUUCUGUAAAAAGUAUCUGCUUUAUAAAAUUUUAAAAUGACUGAUUGACAUACAACGCACAUCCCGAACCGUGAGUGGUAAAGGAUUACAUUUUGCACAGAAAUUCCUUAUAAAAUUAGAAGAGAGAGUAUCAUUCGAAAUUCAUUACCCAAGUCAGUGAAAUUGUGAUGUCAGUUGGUAUCGAAGUUUUUUUCAGUGUUUGAAAUAUAGUAGUCGGAAUUUAGGUUUAUGAAUAAAAGUCAGUCGUUAGGUAAUACUCUUACGAAAAUUCAUUCCUUAGGAUUAGAAAUUGAUAUGGACCUUUUUUUAGGAUAAAGAGUUAUUUAAAUAGGUGUUAGGCUCUGUUUUUAACAAAAACACUAAAAGUGUAGUGUUUUCCGAUAGAAUAUCCAUUCGAGUACACGCUAACCGUUAUGUGGAUGCGUAACAAUAGAAUGCUAA